CGGUGACGGUGGCGUGCGAUGAGAACGACGCUUCUAGUGGCAUCAGUCGACGUUCUACGCUCGUACAAAGCGGAGCUCGAUGGCGUGCAAUCUCCUGCGAGUUCCUCGAUAGCCGCGUGCUCGAGCGAACUUGUCAAACAUAACACGCGUUUUAUUUUUUUUUCGUCGGGAAUCGUCGAGUUUUUUUCCCUUCUCAAAGUUAAUAAAAAGAGAAGAUGAUGCAUGCCGAUUUUAAUAUAUCAAAAUUCUACUCAAGCGGCUUCUACCGCGCGGAUUAUCGGACGAGCGACGCGCGCACGUAAAAAGGACUCUGCGUCCCUCCGAUAUAGAGAAAGAGUAAGAGAGAAAGAAAUAGAGAGAGAGAGAGAGAGAGAGAGAGAAAGAGAAAGAGAGAGAGAUAAAGAGAUAAAGAAAGUGUAGUCCUUUGAACGACAAUCAUCGUCAGAAUGGAACCCGCCAAAGAUCGUCUCGCGACGCGUUAUUGUGGAUAUCGUCUCGCUGUUGAGAUAUAUGAAAAGAGUCUGGUCAGAGCAGAUAGACCUGCUACUUGGUAUCUCGCAUCCGCCAUCCUGGAAGAAUUGGCUGGUCCUACGAUAACGAAUACGGCCAGUUGUAUACCGAGUAUCACUAGCGCGACAACAAUGAUGACGUCGACGACGACUACAACGAGUUCAACUACGAUGUCUAUCUCAACGAGUCCCAGCAUGCCAUUAAGAAGAAAGAUCGACUUCUCUUUUGCAUGUCCCUUUUGCGAAGGGACUUUAUUUGAACCCGUCACCACCAGCUGUGGACACACUUUCUGCAGGAACUGUAUGGAAAUGGGAAAAAACUGUCGCGUGUGCGGUCAAAAAAUUCUCAACGUCGGUCAAACGAACGUACUCGUGCAAAGGCUCGUGGAAAAGUGGUGGCCACGCGAGGCAGAGGCGAGCAAAGCGAGACACGAGGGCGACCUCCUCAUAAAGGAGGGUGACCUGGCUCAGGCUCUGGAUAGGUACAACCUCGCCGUACGACUCGUGCCAAACAGUCCACUCCAUCUUAGCAACAGGGCCCACGUCUUGCUCUUAUUAAAGAGGCCGCAAGCAUCUCUCACAGAUGCCGAUCAGGCGGUUAGGCUUAGGCCUGACUGGGGCAAGGGUCAUUAUAGAAGAGGAGUAGCAUUAUCGGCUUUGGGUAGAUACGAAGAAGCCUUUUUCGCCCUUUGCAUUAGCGUUGCCAUCGACAAGAAUCCUCAAGUAGUACGGCACGAACUAACCAGGGUGUUGCAUAGAAUGUUAUUGGCCGAUUUACGUCGGCAGAGCGUCAUGCAGCAGCGCACACCGUACAAUUUAAUAGAAGGUGUGCCCCGCACGAGGAGCCGUCACCAAUUAACAAAUCCCAAGCGUAAUCGACGUGCCGCGUUUAAUAGUUCGGAUUGCGAGGACGAUAGUAGUGGUGGGGAGGAGGAAUUCACACAGACGAUAAGUCGAAGACUUCUCUCGAAUAACGCCAAACUUCAAACGAUCUUGGACCGAGUAUCUCAAGAUAUGGAAAAACUUAAAAGAGUUGAAGCAAGACCGGCUGAGGUUCUAUUACCGCCAUUCGCGGAUGGAACUGUCGGUGAAUUAGACUGUAUUUUAUGCUGUCGACUACUUUGGAAACCUGUAACAACACCAUGUGGGCAUACAUAUUGUUGGAUGUGUUUAGAUAGGUGUUUGGAUUAUUCCUCGGCCUGUCCAUUGUGCGUCACAUCUCUUGCCGACUACCUAGCAAGUAGUCAAAAAACUGUGACUGACUUUAUAGAAAAGGCUCUGAAGAUCGUAGCACCAACUGAAUAUGCAGCUAGAGCAGCGAGUCAUCGACUCGAGUUGGUUCAAGGUCUCGGUCUUCUGGACAGCGAACAAAUUGCUGUAUUUAUCUGUACCACUGCAUUUCCAUGUGUCGCCUGUCCCUUGUUCGUUUACGAGCCUAGAUAUCGAUUGAUGGUUAGAAGAUGCGUGGAAAGUGGUAUCAAACAAUUUGGUAUCGCUGCGUGUCUAAACAAAGAAUCAAGCGGUACUAAAAGGUACGCGGAAUAUGGUACGAUGCUUGAAAUUCGGGAUCGUGUUUUAUUAAAGGAUGGUUGUAGUAUUCUUAGUACGCUCGGUAGAAGAAGGUUCAGAGUACUUUCUGGUGGUGAGAGAGACGGAUAUGAUACAGCUCACGUUGAAUUUCUAAGGGACACAAUUGUACAAGGAAAUCAAUUGUUGAAUCUACUAGAAUUACACGAUAAGGUACGAGCAAAAGGUAGAAGAUGGUGGAACACAGUGCCGUCUUAUCAACAAUCUGAAAUUCAACGAGUUUUCGGUCGCAUGCCCGACACAGAAGAGGAUUGGCCGAGACUUCCGGACGGACCUUCGUGGACUUGGUGGUUAUUAGCCAUCUUGCCUCUUGGCCCACAACUUCAAGUUGGUAUAUUGGGUACUACUAGUUUGGAAAAGAGACUGAGAGCCAUCGAGAAGACUUUAGAUCACAUGGAACAGAGACAACUCACUGUUGCGCCUGCACCAUCGGAAGAGACAACAACUUCCUCGAGUAUUUGCAGAGAUAGACGGGCCAUCACGGAGAGGACGGUCUCAGUUUUUCAACAAUCCUAGAGAUUUUCUACGUCGUCUUUUCUAUUCCUCUAGAUUCUAUUAAUAAUAUCUUCGCUUAAAACUCAAACGCGAAAGGAAUAGAAGAACGAUCCGAUCUUCGACGAUGAGGAUAGAUUAACAGAUUCGGGAUAUAUCGAUUUUCUCGAAUCAUUCUACUCGAAUCCUUCCUAUCUUUCUUCCUUCUUUUUCCUCUCGCGUCCUUUUAAUCAAGUAUUUUCGCUCGAGUGCUCGCUCCAUUAAUUCGGCACUCGUUAAACUCUCGAUCGGUUGCCUUAUCGACGAAUUGAUACUACGAGCGAUUUCGCACGAGCGACAUAUCUGGUAUAACAAAGUAAUGUAAAAAAUUUAUAAGCUAGAUCGUUAACCUCGAUGAGGCAAGCCGAUUUUCUUUCCGCUAUUGCAAUACGCAAAUCUGUUCUUCCAAAAUAUUAUAUAUAUACAUAUAUAUAUAUACAUAUAUAUAUAUAUAUAUAUAUAUAUAUAUAUAUAUACACAACACGAUACUAUACAUUUAUGAGUACAUAUACGGCUGAUAACGUUUACCGGCGAAGAGCUGAUUAUAUGAGGUUUUAACGCAUCAUAAAAAAUUUCUUUAGCUCUUACAUCGUUUCAAGUCCGAUGCACACUUUAUGAACAAAUAAUCAAACCUUCGACCAAAAAGAUAAAUACUUUUUAUUAAAAAUGUUACUACAAUCUUCAUGCUCUCUUUUCAGCUCUUUAUCCAUUUCUCUUUUUGUAUCUAUACAUAUACGAAUACAUAUAACGUCUCUCUUUCAGCUCUUCAAAAUCAGUCGCUAUCGUUGCUAAACGAUUCAUAAUCCGGCCAUUUUUUCAGCCGGAUGAAAUGAAUUUUUUUCGAAAUUUUCGUCGUUCCUUCUAUUUAACGACGCGAGGAGCACUUUUAAAGCGGCACGAAAUGUAGACUUUUUAUACCACUCAAAUUUAUUCCGUCAUCCAUAAGACUUCUCGACCACGCUAGCAUAUAGUAAUUUAUUUUCAUGUUACUUUUAAUAUCAUCGAUUCUUAGAGGUAGAAAGUCUAACGAACUAGAAACGUCAUAUCAAUCAUGCAAUCAAGUAUUUACAGGAAGAAUAGAUACAUUUUCGUUAGAGAAUAUAUUACGAUGACACUAUGGUAAAAGAAAAAAGUACACUCUACUACUAUUUGAAUAAAUAUUAUAAAAUUUCUAUCGUUAGCACCAACGACGCCGUCGAUACUUUUUCGUAUCGACGACGAGGAUAAUCGUCCGCGAAUUCGCACUAUCAAUAUUUUUCCUAUCGAAAGUAUAUGAACGUAUGAAAGAAGAAAGAAAACUUUUUUCAUCCUUUUAUAAUCGUUAUGAAUCAUUAUUAUUAUAACGUAGACAAGUACGUACGCGAAUAUAACUAACGUAAAUUUGUUGUUUUCGCGACGAUUAAAUUAAAAUUAUACUUUAGAUUUAUACUCUAUUCUCUAAACUUUUACGAAGUUGUGAAUCAUGCAUUGUGAUAUUAUUCUAUAGCCUAACUUGUAUAUUAUUACUAAAGCAACAUUACAAAUAUUAUGUAAUGCUACGUGACUUUCCAUUUUUACUUCAACAUUUCUAUAUUUAUCUUCAUCUCUUCAUAUUGAACAUUGUAAUAAAAUAUUAUGAAAUCGAA